CGACUGGGAAGAGAACUGCUGGGCAAAGUCCUGAGCUCUGCUGGGAUACAGGCGUGCAGCAAGGGAAAACGCUGCCCUGGGUGCCUUGGGCUCAUUUCAGGAUGUCAGCUGAGCCCUGGCAAGCAACCAACAAAGGAAUAAGCCCUUAACAAGCAACAGACUAAAAGUCCCUUGGUUAUCCAUGGUGGCACAAUCUGAAACAUCAACUUCUUCCCCUCACAGGAACCUCCUAGCCACAACAACCCCAUUUAUUCUGCAUUUCUGACCCAUUUCCCCUACCUGGUCGUCACAGAACCCCUGAAUCCCUGAUGUAGGGAAAGCCCUCCCAGCCCAGGCAGUGCCAGCUGUGCCCCAGGCCCACCUUGUCCCCAGCCCAGAGCACUCAGGGCCACCUCCAGCCCUUGCUGGGACACCUGCAGGGAUGGGCACUCCAAAGUUCCCUGGGCAGCCCCUGCCAAGGCCUGAGCACCCUUUCCAUGAAGAAGGGAUGAGAUUUACACACUGUAAUAAUUAUGUGGAGUCCUGAUUUGGCUCUUGCACUGAUGCAGAGUCCCCAUCUUGUCCCCCUGGUACCUCAGGACUCCAAAUUGGGUGUGUAUUUUUAAACAUAAAUGAAGAUUCUCUAGAAUGGCUUCUGAUCCCUUCAACAGGAGCUUCUCCUCCUUCAUCCUGGUGGGCGUCCCUGGCCUGGAAGCUUUCCACACCUGCCUGGGCGUCCUUUUCUUCUGCAUCUAUGUCCUUGCCAUGGUAGGAAAUGGGGCGGUUCUGCUGGUCCUGGGGCUGGACAAGGCCCUGCAGGCCCCCAGCCACCGCUUCCUGGCCAUGCUGGCGGUCACCGACGUGGUCAUGGCCACGUGCGUGGUCCCCAAGAUGCUGGCGGUGCUCUGGCUGGGCUCCGCCGAGAUUGGCUUCGUGGCCUGCUUCGCGCAGAUGUUCCUGGUGCACUCGGCCACGGCGCAGGAGUCGGGCGUGCUGCUGGCCAUGGCCGUGGACCGCUACGUGGCCGUGUGCCACCCUCUGAGGUACCACAGCCUGCUGACGGGCCGUGCCACCGUCGGCGUCGGCGUGGCCGCGGCGCUGCGGGCCGCGCUGGCCAUGGCUCCGCUGGCGGCGCUGCUGGCGGCGCUGCCCUACUGCGGCCCGCGCGCGGUGCCGCACUCCUACUGCGAGCACAUGGCCGUGGGCGGCCUGGCCUGCGCCGCGCCCGGCCCUGCCCGCCUCUACAGCGUGGCCUGGUCCUCCCUGACCGUGGGGGCGGACGCGGCGCUCAUCGCCGCGUCCUACGGGCUGAUCCUGAGGGCCGUGCGGGGGCAGCGCUCCUGCCGGAAGGCCCUGAGCACCUGCGGGUGCCACCUCUGCGUGGUGCUGCUGUUCUACGUGCCCGGCAUCGUGUCCAUCUAUGCCCAGCAGUUCUCGGGUGCCGUGGCCGUGCACACGCAGGUGCUGCUGGCCGACCUGUACCUGACGGUGCCCGCCGUGCUGAACCCGCUGGUGUACAGCGCGAGGAGCCGGCAGAUCCGCCGGGCCCUGCUCAGGGCGCUCCUCCCCGGGAGGGUCUGUGCCAGGGGCAGGCGCCCGUGGCUCUCCAGGCACGCUCAUCUCGGCGAGGGCAGCCCCAGCUGCCUUCCCAGCGAGAGCAGGAGGUGAGCAGGGGCUGGGGCAGGGAGGACUGGCCGGCUUCAGUGAACCCCUGCUCCAAGACCAGAGUUAUUUGGGACUGGGGGCAAGAGCACACACCAGCUCCUCUUUCCCUUCCUCCUCUCCGGGUGACACGGAGCAGCAAGAACCCCCCUCUGAGUUUAGAGACGUUCCCAGUGCCAGGACAGCCCUGUGAUAAUUUCAGGACUCCGGGUGCAUUUGUGUCAGCACAAGGUCCUGAUCCAAAUGGAGAGAUUUCUUCUGUGCUGUCUUCUUUAGUCCCCCUGGACUAUCCCAGAGGUUCUCCUCUCUCACCUCUCUUGUAUAAGAGGCUGAGAGGAUCAUGGAUUGUGCCUGAGCUUUUCCAGGUUUCUGGGUGUUGAUGGAAACUGAGCGUAGUCAAAACUGAGCUCUUCAGAGCCCUCUGUCCCAGCAGAGUCCCAGAACCACCAUGGGUGUGAGGGUGGACGAGGAGCAGAGGGAUGAGCUGGGGGCUGUAUCCACUGGGAGCCCUGCACUGGCACAGGCUGCCAGGGAAGUGGUGGAAUCACCAUUCCUGGAAGUUCAAAUAGCGUGUGGAUGUGGCACGCGGGGAUUUGUCAGUGGUGGGCUUGGCAGUGCUAGGGGAAUGGCUGGAUUUGAUGGUCUGAGAGGGUGUUUCCAAACUUAAUAACUCCGUGAUUAAUGUAAGGAUUCCAAGGAAAUCAUCAGGGACGGGUGGUUUCCUCUGAAGCAAAGCAGCGGGACAAGUCCCAUCCUGCCCAGACACAUCUGGGGCAGAGCUCCACAGGGUCACCCCCAAAGUCACGGCAUUGAAAGAGCUGGGUGCAGAAUUCAUUCCUCUGACCUCUUCUGGGUGUCCUGGAGCAACCUGGUGAUGUCUGAGAGCCACCACGAGGAAAAGACCCUGCUGUGGCUGCCCUGGAUCCCUGGCAGUGCCCAAGGCCAGGCUGGACACUGGGGCUGGAGCAGCCUGGCACAGUGGGAGGUGUCCCUGCCAUGGCAGGGGUGGCACUGGGUGGGAUUUAAGACCCCUUCCAGCCCAAACCAGUGUGUUCUGUGAUUUUAUGACGGUUCUGACAGCUCCCUUUGAGGUCUCUGAGUCACCCGGCUGUGCCAUGUCCCGGGAGUGUCCCGGUGGCAGCUGCUCACCCGGAGCCGCGGGCAGGGGCAGCGCUGCUCGGGGUCCCUGGGGCUCACACCCCGACUGACGGAACCUCUCCCUCGGCAGAAAAUGGAAUCGCGUUUGUUUGGCAGCGGCUGUUUCCUGCAGCCCGCGUCGAUUGCCGUCAUUUAAUUUGAUUCCAGCCCUUUCCCUCUCUAUUGACCAAAUCACCUGUUACGUUCCUGGGCUUUGUGGUGGCUCUGACGUCGGGGUUACAAUUGCAGCUCCUCACAGCAGUCCCUGUCCCCAGGGAACAUCCCGGGAGUGCCCGCAGUCCCUGCGGGCCAGGGCUCCUGGAACUCCAAGCACCUCUGGAGAUGCUUUUCCUCCCAUGUAAAUGAUCCUGAA